AUGGAUUCAGUCAAAAGCAUGUUGGCGCAGUUCUUCCCACCAGCACCAACCUUCACCGACAAAGAUGUCCCCAAGCAACCCGGCCGGGUCUUCAUCGUGACAGGGGGGAAUAAAGGGGUCGGGUUUGAGCUCGUCAAGGCGCUCUAUCCCACCGGAGCGACCGUCUACAUGGCGAGUCGCUCACAAGAACGCGCUGAAACAGCAAUCACGAAGAUCACAUCUGCGGAUCCGUCUCUCGCAAGCAACCUCAAGUUUCUCCACCUUGAUCUGGGCGACCUGGCGACCAUCAAGGCCUCCGUGGCUGCUUUCACAGCGCAGGAGUCUAGGCUCGACAUUAUCUGGAAUAAUGCUGGCAUUGGCGCGGGGCCCGUCGGGGCAAAAACCGAACAGAAUAUCGAAGCGCUAAUAGGAGUAAACUGCAUCGGCCCCCUCUUAUUUACACAGCUUCUUUUCCCGCAGCUCCGAGAAGCCGCCAAAUCCGCUCCCAGAGGUAGCGUGCGUGUGGUAUGGACGAGUUCAUUCCUAGCAGAGUCAUAUUCACCCAACGGCGGAGUCGACUUCAAGCUUCUCGAGCAGGGCGGCGGGAAGAAUCCGUUGGUGGACUAUGCAGCCUCAAAAGCUGGAAAUUGGUUCCUCGCUACCGAGACAGCAAAACGAGUGGGUGAUGAGGGGAUUAUAGGCGUCGUCCAGAAUCCUGGGAACCUGCAGACAGAGAUCUAUGAUGGGCAAUCGAAGUUGUUGAUGUUGUUUGUGAAUCGCAUUUUGUACCCACCGAUCUUUGGGGCGUACACGGGGCUUUACGCGGCGUUCUCGCCUGACAUUACGAUGGAGAAACAGGGGGCGUAUAUUAUCCCUUGGGGACAAAUCCACACCCUUCCGAGAAAGGACAUUUAUGAUGCUAUCGAGCAAGGUCAGGCCGAGCGCUUUUGGCAAUGGUGCGAGGACCAGUGGAAGCCAUAUAUUUGA